UACACUCAAAAGUUGUUUCCAUUCUCCUCAUAUUUCGAAUACUGUUUUGAGACUAAACGUGAGAUGGCUUGGUGCGUGGUUACCAAAGUGGGCGUUAGGGUAGAAAUUCAUUUUAUAAAUUACCUCAUUUACCUACGCAUCUUUUCUCUUAUUUCCCUUAGGUCAUCAUCAGAAGCAACAACAUAAAGGUUCCAGUUUGUCUUCAGAUCUGCUGAUCUUCAAUGUGACAUGCAUCGAUCAAACAGAAGAAGUCCACCUGGCACAGCUGCAUCUUCACCGUCGUCGUCUACCUCGUCAUCACCAUAAAAAUCACCACAGUCGCCGUGUUCUUGCACCUCCAUUUAGAGUACGCCUCUAUCAGAUACUCCUAGCGAGGCAUGCACCUGGUCGGUCGCCUUCGACACCUUCGACACCUCCCGGAAGACCCCCGAGAGCUCGGACCAUGCCUCUUGCUUCCAUCCCUGUUCCUCAAGUCUCUAGAGGAGGUUGGCAUGCCCUAGAUAUCACCCCCGUCCUGCGAGAACUGCUUCUCAACGCUCAAGGCCCAGCCGUGGAACUGAUGCUAGGGGUACGCUUUGAAGCACCAAAAGGAAAGCCAAUUUCACCAGAGCACUUUCUUCGUGAUCCUGAAGAUAUCGUCACGAAAAGCAACGUAGCUUCUCCAGCGUUUCUUGUGGUGUUUUCAGAAGACAGUCCAGAUAAUGGUCUCAUGGAUGAUGAUGGAGAAAUGCAUUUGCAGAUAUCCCGUCCACAUACACACGCAAUGGCAGAAAUGUUGCAGAAUGCUGGCGGAGAUUUUUUGCGAUGGAUAGUAUCAGUGCCCAAACAUCCAACGCCACACAUUAAUAUUAAUAAUAAGACAAAAGACGACGAUUUCUAUCUAGAAUCGUCAGAAAACAUCUACAAAAACAAGGAGACAGACAAAAGUUUCAGGCAUAAGCACAAGUCCAAAGCACUGAAAGAAAAUAAUUCAAAUUUUUAUGAAAAGAGAAAUUCAGCAGAAGUUGGAAAUCGUCCAGUAGACACGAAGAAGGGUCCAUCAGACGAACAGAGAAAGAUUAUCUUCAGGAGAAGAAGGCUCUACGUAAAAUCAAAACUGCACAGCACUGAAGAUAAAUUCGGCGGUAACAAACCAAAUUCCAAAGAAAUAAAGAAGUCAUACGUUGCCAAAACAAAUGAAGUGGAAUUAGCCUUAGGAAAUUCGUCACACCGGCGAGUGGUAAGGUCAAUACUGGAUAAUGAGUUGCCAGGAGAUAUUCAUCCAACCAAAAGUGUGCCUAGAACUUCCCCCGGGAGGCUCCUGCAAGGCAGGAGAAACGGGAGUACCGCUAGUGCGAAGGAUGAUGGAAACACGAUACCACUGCCAUCUGGAGGAACCCUCACGUCACAUAAGAAGUCGAAAGGAGGGAACAAGAGGAGGAGAGGACGAGGCAAGAAACGAGAUGAACACAAGAAGAGGUCUAGAAAGAUACCUGAAAACUGGCAACAC